GGCUACACCUAAGCUUGUUCUUCAGCUGAUGGAUGUUAAAGGCCUUACCAUAUCUCAUGUGAAAAGCCACCUCCAGAUGUACAGAAGCACGAGGCAUGACCUGGGCAGGCAAGGAAUGCAAGAGAGUAAGUACUCAUCAUGCAAAGACAAUGAUGUUGGUGGUGAUGCUCCUGAUCCCUCUUCAAAACCCACUAAGGAGUUCCUGUCCCAGUUCAUGUACUCCCCCCCUCUCCCCCCACUUAAAAGGUGUUGGAUGGAGACAGAAGCGAAGUCCAAAAGCUUGGGAUGUUGCAGGACUAGAGAAGGAAUAUUGUGUUGUGGUGAGAGAGGGGUCUCCUCCCUGUACUGUGUUGCUGAUUACACACAACAAGCCAUGGUUGUGGACAAGAGAAUAAAGGAGGAGGGACUGCUCAGGUAUUUGCAGAGAGAUGCUGUGGAGGCUGCUGGGCUUUUGGCAGAUGCUAAUACUUCCAUGUUCACAUCCUUGGGAUGUAUGGUUGAAGAAUCUGAGCCUUUUAUUAAGGCCAACAAACAAAAUGAACAGCAACUACAUACAGCUGCUACAAAGAACAAUGGCUCAGAAGAGAGCUACAUUACUACUGGAAGCCCCCUCUUCAGAUCAGGAUCAUUCGGCACCGAGUCCGUGGAGGAGAAGGCGGCGAAACACGGCGAUUGUUCGCUCUCGCUGUCCUUGUCGUUAGAUCCGAGGAGCACGAGCAACGCAUCCCCGGCCAGCGAAAGCAGCGGCGUCUUCUUUUCGUCGUCGCGAAGGAGCUUCAGCAAAUGCUCGGAUUACAAUUCCGGUGGCGGUCGAAGAAUCAACUUGGAUCUUUCCAUGUCCAUUUGUGGUUCUUAGGUUUAAUUUUGCAUCUCUAGAUAACUAAUUGGCUUCUUGUGUUUAAUUUUGUGAAUCAUCUUUUUUUUUCA